GUGUUGUUAUGGGUGGUACAAAAUUGUACAAUUUUUUCGACCGUGGAAAUUGUUUCGAAAUCUCGUAAAACUUCGCAGUGCGGUGGCUAAAAAACUUAUUCUGAAAUUUUUCGUUGAACAGCACUAAAAACCUUUACCGGAGGCAACGAAAAUGAUGGGUUGCUGUGGCUGCUGUUCAGCGCUGAGACCUCGCUACAAGCGGCUGGUGGAUAACAUUUUUCCUGUCAACCCGGAAGAUGGCCUGGUCAAAUCAAACAUGGAAAAACUUACCUUCUAUUCGCUCCGAUCGCCGGAAAAGCUGGACCGGAUCGGAGAGUAUCUGUACCAGCGAGCUUCCAAGGAUAUCAACCGCAAACGUUACAAGUUUGUCGAAAUUGCAAUGGAAGCCAUGGAUCUACUGUUGAUGGCAUGUCAUGCCCAGAUUCUGAAUCUGUUCGUCGAGAGUUUUCUCCGAAUGGUGCAAAAGCUGAUGGAGGAUAUAAACCCGACGUUGCAGAUUAUGGCAACGAAUUCAUUUGUACGGUUUGCUAACAUCGAAGAAGAUACGCCUUCCUAUCAUCGACGGUACGAUUUCUUUAUUUCCAAGUUUAGUUCGAUGUGCUUCGGGAACAACGAAGAUUUGGAGUUGCGUGAUAGUAUUAGAAUGGCUGGCAUUAAAGGGCUCCAAGGUGUGAUUAGAAAGACAGUUUCGGAUGAUUUGGUGGAAAACAUUUGGGAAAAACAACAUAUGGAGAAGAUUGUGCCGUCGCUGCUUUACAAUAUGCAAUCUUCAAGUGAGAGUAAAUCGAUGGAUCAGGAAGCAACCCCAUCAACACCACCCGUUUUGGCGGAAGCCGUUUUAAGGGAAUUGGUAUCGCGAGCAUCCUUCGGCCAUAUUCGUGCCGUUUUGAAACCAUUGCUGACCCAUUUGGAUAAUCACAAGCUGUGGGUUCCGAAUCGUUUUGCAAUCGAUACUUUCCGGAUUGUUAUGAUCUCGAUUCAACCGCAGUACUCGUACACUGUGGUUGAGACCCUGAUGUCACAUUUAGAUCAGAAUCUUGCUUCAUCUCCAAAAACCCGCACCUCGUUGGCUGUUGUGCUAUCUAAAAUUAUCGCAAUUGCCGCGGGUGAAAGUGUCGGUCCUUCCGCAUUGGAUAUUAUUAACAAUCUCCUUACUCAUCUGAAGACCUCGGUCAGCACUCAACAUGAAUCCACUCCGGAGGAGACGCAAUAUCAGGAAGCACUUAUCAACGCCCUCGGCGAAUUUGCCAAUCAUCAUCCAGACUACCAGAAGAUUGAAAUCAUGCUGUUCAUUAUGAACACCGUUCCGGAUCCCUCGAAAAAAAGCAAGGGUGACCAACUUUUGCAGAAUAUUCUGCUAAAAUCCUUGCUCAAAGUUGGCACUCAAUAUCGAACCGUUUCCUUCGAGAAGGCUUUCCCCGUGUCAUUCUUGCAGCCCCUGCUGAAGAUGGCUCGGGCUUCUUCCGUUUCCAUCCGGGUAAUUGUCAUGCAAAUCUUCCAGCAGUUGCUUGAUCGGCACCAAAACCAGCACUUACUGAGUGCCAUCAGCAUCGGUAACAUUCCGACCCUAACGAUGGAGCAACCGUCCCGGUCGGACAUUCUGUUCACGCACAAGUACGGCUCGAACAUGCUGCAGGCCAUCAUCGAUGGAAUGUCCCAGGAAAACAACGUGGAAGUGCUACGCUCGUCGUACAACACCGCCGCCUUGAUGGUGGUUGAAAUGGCAUGCGGUGAAACGGUUCAGGAAUUCCUGCUGUUCGUACUUGGAAUUCAGCAAGUGGCUCUCACCGAGGUCGAAUUGUCGCCCAAACAUCGCUGCAACUUGCACAGUAUAGCGAUUUCUCUGCUGAUUCUAACUGGCCGCUGCACUGGUACGUCCACUAUCGUCGAAUAUGCGGAGAAAGUCAUUCAGGCACGCAUGGAGGAAGCAUCCUACUUGCUGCCACCGUUGAUGGAUAACGAUAAACCAGCGCCCAGUGCGUUGAACACUAAUCUUCCCCACCUGAUGAUUGAUAAACUGGCAAUUGCCGAGUGUCUGCAGCAAGCCGGAAUCGAGCACAACCGUGUGCAAACGGGAAUGCCGUACGCGCUAAACCAGACCGAUAUGUCCGCCCAUCGACAUUCAUGGGUUGAUACGAGUGCCUCCCGUAACAGCAUCGUGGACAACUAUAACGACAUCGAGUCCGUCAGCAGCUCGCCAGGCGUCCAGAAGCGUUCGCUCGCAUCGGACUACAACUUCGAAGCGAUGAAACGCGUGCUGGCGGAACCGACGGAGGCAGCCAAACGGGAAGCCCACGAGAGGCAGGUAGCCAUCGGGCGAACGUUCCGUGAAACGGCUUUCGAAGAUUUGGUGCGCAGAACCGAACCGCAGCACGAGGUCAUCCAGAAUCGGUUGAAUGAAAUUUUCAACUCGUUGGCCGCCGAACGGCAGAUCAGCUGCGGCAACCAGAUGAUGCUGAACUCCUCGGCGGUGUCGGCAGUCGACGGCACGAAAGUCAACCAGCAGCGGACGAUCUACGAGAAUAACUUUCCCGAGCUGUUCUUUUACUAGUCGUGCGGAUGGUUUAGCGCUCCAGGUGCUUGGGCCAAUUAGGACCCGCUGGUUGGUGGCUCUGCCGAUUGUUAUGUAUUUCGUGGAAUUGUUGUAUUUCUGUUACAUUAUACUGUAUUUCUUGUUAGCUAGUCGGGAGGAUAACCAGCAAGGCGAAGGAAUGGUCGAACAAGAGGAUCAAAAGUUAAGGGAUUAAUUAAGAGUGUUUUAAAGUAUUUGAAAUUUGGUCUGUGAAAUAUUCUAGUUGCAGUCGUCAGAUUUUACAGUUGACACUAAAUUUUUGGUAGGUAUUACGAUCGGUUUCUAGUAAAUAAAUAUUCAAUUGGAUAUUCAC